AUGGCGGCCGACAGCGGAGCGGCUGGGGUGCAGAUGCUGGAUUCGCGCGGAGUCGGCAAGGUGCCGACGUUCUCAGGCAAGAGGGAGGACUUCGAGGACUGGAUCUUCCCGUUCGAGUCCUUCUGCGGUCUGCUGGGUUGGACGGCAGGCCUGGACAGGUCGAGAGAGGCUGAGGAGCCGCUGACGGUGGACGACCUCGGCGAGCAAGGAGUGCAGGUCGGCAGGAGCUUGUACCACCUGCUGGCGAGCACCACGAAGGGCACGGCGCAGAGCAUCGGCAAGCUCUGCCCACGAGGCGACGGCUUCGAAGCGAUGCGGAGGCUGCACAAGGAGUACCGGCCGAGGUUGAACGAGGAGCACGGCCAGAUGCUCCAGCAGAUCUUGACGCCGCUGUGGUGGAAGGAUCGCGAGGGAAAGGAGCGCUUCACGGAGGUGCUUAUCGCUUGGGGCGAGUUGAUCUCGAGGUAUGAGCGCGCGACAGGAGAGCAGGUCACGCAAAACAUGAAGACGAGCACGAUCAUGGCCCACGCGCCCGAGGAGGUGAAGGUCAUGCUGCGCUCGGCGCAGCGCGAGGUGCGCAGCGACGUCACGCAGAUGAGGAACUGCAUCUUCGAGGCGGUGAUCGGCCAGAGUGGAGUGGUCGCGAAGCCGCCGACAGCAAACUGGGGGAGCAACGACAUGGACGUCGACGCGAUCUCCAAGGGCAAGGGCAAGGACGGCAAGGACAAGUGCCAGAUCUGCCACAAGCCGAGCCACGCGGCCCGCGACUGCUUCUGGCGCGACAAGGGCAAGCAGAAGGGCGACGGAAAAGGCCGAGGAGCAGGCGCGGGAUCCAAGGGCGGAAAGGACGCCAAAGGCAAAGGCAAGGAUGGCUACACCUUCACGGGGAAGUGCGACUAUUGCCACAAGACAGGCCACAAGAAGGCAGACUGCAAGAAGCGGAUCGCCGAUGAGAAGGCCAAGGGCAAUGCGGCCAUCGAGCAGGAGAGCGCGGACCCGAAGACGGUGGCCAAGAUCGAGUACGCGGAGUAUGAGUGCGAGAUCUGCGACGACGACCAGCUCUACUGCAUGGCGAUGAAGGCGGAGGAUCCCGAGACGGAGUGCUGCGGCAUGGAGCUCGAGGAGACGACCUUCAUCACGCUGGACACGGCGAGCGACUGCCACGUGGGGCCGACUUGCUUCGGAGAAGGAUGCAAGAAAGGCGAGGAUCGCGGACCGAGGCUGCUGGAUGCGCAGCGGAAGGAGAUCAAGAUUGACUCCAUUGCGACGGUGCCGAUGGCGGUUGCUGACGACUGCGAGCAGCCGGAGCUGCUGAAGGCGGACUUCAGGCUGGGUGACGCGGUAUCGAAGCCGAUCCUCUCGUUGCUGGAGGUGAUGGGCAAGGGUGCCGAGUUCUGGCUGAGUGCGAAGACGGGCAUGUGCAUGUACCCUGGCGGUGACCUCAGCAAGGGCAUCCCGCUCACCAGGAAGAACAACACGUUGGGCUUCAACGCGAAGACCUUCAAGACAGCGACGGAGGCGAAGGAGUUCGCGGCCAGCGUGAACACGAAUGAGCAGCAGGAGGAGGCGUUCGCGCCGACGCCUGGGGCUGCGGGCAGCGGAGCAGCGACGGCGGCGCCGGCUGCACCUGCGGUUGCUGCCUCGGAUCCAGCGCGAGAUGGAGCAGCUGAGGGCGCAGGAGGAGAGCGACUGGCUCGACAUCCUGUGCUGCUACGCGAAGGGCAGGAGAUCGUCCUGCACCCUUCCAGCCGCGUGGAGGACAUGCGGGCGAGGCUCAAGGAGAUGGGCCAGCCGAUCUACGGCAGGAAGGACGAGCUGUGGGCUAGGCUCAGCGACGCGGAGCGGAGGCCCACGGCACACCACAUGAAGAUGAAGGAGCUGGAGCGCAGGCACGAGGAGUCCGUUCAGGGAGGGAACGAGACGACCAAGCCGCACAAGACCCUCACAUUCGACCAGAAGGACACUGGGAAGGCGCAGAUCACUCUGGACUUCUGCUACCUGAAGACCAACGGCGACUGGACGGAGAUCGGAGAGGUGGAGCCGCCAGCGGCGGACAUCUUCGCGACGACGCUCGUGAUGGCAGACAGGGACACGCUGAUGUUCAACGCAGUCUCGAUGCCCACCAAGGCGGUCACGGACUACGCAAUAGCCAGCGUGAGCAGCUUCAUCGAGGGCACGCAUCUCACGACGGCGGACAUCAAGACGGACGGCGAGCCCACGAUCGUGAACUUGGUGGAGGAGGCGCGGAAGAAGCUGAACAAGAGCAUCAAGCUGGAGGAGAAGCGCGGGAACCUGAAGGACAGCCAGAGCAUGGGCGCGAUCGAGGCUCCGAUCAGAUGGUUUCAGGCGAAGGUGAGGACGUACAAGUUCGACUUGGAGAAGCGCUUUGGCAUGAAGAUCACAGCGGACGCACCGAUUUGGUGCUGGCUUACACGAUACGUUAGCUGGCCUACCUCUACGUACAGACCGCGGGCCGAUGGGGGGACAUCCCAUCAGGCAGCCUACGGAGUGACCUACAACGGAGAGAUUCUCCCCUUUGGCGAGACGGCUCUCUUCAAGACCCCGAUCUCCCACACGAGGCAGAUCGCGACCGCGUCUCUGAAGCGCAAGGGCGAGUCGAGUUUCGUGAAGGGCAUCUGGAUCGGGAAGCACAAGGAGAGCGACGACCACUUGUUCUUGACGCCAGCAGGCUGGCACCGCGCGAGAACGCGCAGGCGGCUGGAGCCAGCGUUGCGAGCAGAUGAUCAGCUGAUGAAGGCAGUGAAGGCCCUACCCUGGGACGCGAGGAGCGCUAAGCCGUGCGAGCUACUGCCCAGGAUUCAGAGGCCGAUGCCCACGAUCGUUCUGACGGCGGCGGAGCAGAAGACGAAGACUGAGGCGCAGGAGGCAGCGCGGGAGGCGACGCCACCCCAGGGGGCGCCCGAGCAGGGGGCGCGGCCGGCUGCAGCAGCGAGCGCGGAGCCAUCGUCAGCACCCGCGGGACCUGGGGCUGGAGCAGCAGCAGCGGCAAGACCAGAGGAGAAGAGCACGACGGAUGCGGACGCGCCGAUGACACCCCGAGGGCUGAUCAGACCUGCCGAUGCUGAGGACUUUGGUGCACCAGGUAAGCGCGCGAAGCACGUGGACGCAAUCUCGCUCGACGACCCCAUCGAUUACAGCAUCCUGGACAGGAUGGGCACAGACUGCUACGUGACGGUCGGCGGACUGGAGCCCGCGGUGGAACUCAAAGGCAAGCGCGAAGCACUAGAGGUGCUGGCGCACUAUGGGGCUCACAGGGACAUCCCGAGGAGCGAGAGCGGCGAGUUCAAGAAGAUCAGGGCGCGUUGGGAGCCGCAGACGCGAGGAGGCAUCUGCAAGUGGCGGUAUGUGGCGCAGGAGUUCAAGUGGAUGGAGCAGCGCGACGACGUGUUCGCAGCGAGUUUGUCAGCACAGACGAGCAGGCUGGUGGACUUCGUCAGCAUCAAGGAGGAGAACCACGGGACCUUCAUCGCAGACUGCGUGAAGGCGUACUACCAAGCGGACCAGACGGAGAAGGUUUGCGUGGGGCCACCUGCUGAGUAUCUGGCGAUCUUGGCUGAGAUGGGCAAGCCGACCGACAUUGUUUGGGCGUUAGACAAGAUGCUACCUGGGCAGCGUGUGGCAGGCGCUGGCUGGGUAGACAAGGCGGCGAAGACUCUGAAGGGAGAGGGCUUCGACAGGAGUGAGUGCCAGCCGCAGUUCUACGACCACAGGGAGAAGGAGAUCCUGAUCGAGGUGCACAUGGGCGACUUCCACGGAGAAGGUCCGAGCGGCAACCUGGACGGGAUCAUCAAACGGCUGCGGGGGGUGUUCGACCUGAAGGCGACGGACGUCAUCAUGCAGGGACGCUACUCACACUUGAAGCGUGACAGGCUGAGGCUCAUGAACGGCAACAUCAUGCUGAGGCCGAACGUGAAGCAUAUUGACGACUUGAUCUACGCGAUGGGCAUGGAGACGGCCAAGCCAGCGAAGGUGCCAAGCUUGACUGAGGAGGACCCGACAUGGAGCCCCGAAUUGGACGAGAUCGAGAGGGCGAGUUUUCGCGCAGGAGUUGGGAUCGCGCUCUACAUCUCGCCCGACAGAGCUGACAUCCAGCGGGGCGUGCAGCUGCUGACCAGGAACCUGAGUCAGCCGACGGAGUUUGACAGGAAGCGAUUGGCGAAGCUGGUGACGUACUUGAAAGGGGCAAAGACGUUCGGAGUGCUUUUGGAGAAGCCAACUGGGAGCAAGCCUGGAGAGGUGAAGCUGCAGUUGUUCACGGACGCGGACUUUGCGACGUGCACGGAGACGAGGCGUGCGAUGACCUGUGGGAUCACAAAGCUGGACGGCGAGGCGGAGUUCUACGGCGCGACCUCGGUGGCGAGGGACGGCAAGCUGGCGAAGAACAUGCCGGAGUGGUUGGGCUACAAGGUGACCUGGGAGCUCGGGAUCGACAGCAGCGCCGCGAAGGCGAUGAUCAACCGCGAGGGCGUCGGCAAGGUGAAGCACCUGGACGUUCGGGCGCUGUGGAUCCAGCAGGGGCGGAAGGUUGACGGACUGAACAUCAAGAAGGAGAGCGAGCUCGCUGGCAUCGUCGACUGCAGCGAGAUGGACCAGCGCAAGGAGCUGGAGGCGUGCUCGGUGACAACGAGCGCCUGGGCUAAGCAGGGGUUGCUGGCGACACUGCUCGCGCAAGGUGCACUGCUCGGGUGUUGGAGCCGCGCGAAGUGGGCGACGAUGAAGAGCUCCACGAAGCUAAACCUGGUCGAGCAUACGAAUACCCCGAAUCGGAGCAAGGAGCUGAUCAACAAAGUAAGGCGAGCCACGGGUGAGAACGAGCUUGCGGCCUAUGGCAAGGUGAACGAGGUGAUGUGCCUCGGCGAGGCGCCGGGGGGCGCGCGCAGGGCCACCGUGGCCCGCGCUCGGGAGGCGGCCCAUGCGCUCCCAUCGGUGUUCGGCAGCGCUGGACGCGGCGCGCAGCGCGCAGCCUGGGCGGCGGCCUUCGCUGCCGAGGCCUCGGCGGCUUCCACGUGCCACCAUGUCGCGUCCUUGCUUGACCUCGUGGAGGCGUUCGAGCGGAUCCCGCGCCACCUCGUGGCCGCGGCCGCCGUGCGGCUGGGUUUCGACCUGGUCGCGCUGCGCCUGUCUCUGGCGGCUUACCAGCUGGCACGGGCCAUCGGCGUCGAGAGCACAUUCUCGUGCUUGCUCGUCGCCACUCGCGGCAUCACGGCUGGCUCGGGGUUCGCCACCGUCGAGCUCCAGAUGUUGCUGCGCGAGUCCGUGCUCAUCGCCACGUUCCGCUGGCCGUUGCUGCAGUUGUUCUUAUACGUUGAUGACUUGACCAUUACCGCGUCCGGCUUUUCCGAGGAGGCCCUUGCAGCGGUGUCUCGUGGCACGGAGUUCUUCGUCGACAUGUUCGAGAAGUGCCUCCAGUUGACGGUCUCGCCGACGGAAUCGUUCGCUGUCGCAUCGAGGCCCCGGCUCGCGAUUCGGCUUUCUCUCAUGUCCAAGCGGCGUCUGUUGGUGCCGAAGCGCAGCGUGAAGAUGCUAGGCACUCCCUACGCCGGCGGCCGCGCGCGGUCCGCGGGCGUCCUGCGAGGCCGCCUGAAAGAGUUCAAAGCCCGCAUCCCCAGAAUACACGCUCUCAGGCGGCAGCGCAUCGACGUAACCAAGGUGGUCAAGGCGAUCGGCAGCCCUAGCAUGCUGCACGGCGUGGAUUGUCGCCGGAACGUCGACGUCGGCUUCGCGGUCCUCGACGCCGGGGGCUCUUGCUUGGACCCCGCCUUCGCUGCGCAUGCCACCCCGCUGCGCCACUGGGGCAUGGCUUACUGGCAGGGUUGGGCACCCGCGGCGGAACUUGAUGCCGUCUUUGAGCUGUCACGGGACCGCCUUGUGAACGUUCUUGCCAGCGGCCGGUCGCCGUGGUCUGCCGUGGCUGGCCCUGUGGCGGGCGUCAUCGCAACGGCUUGGCGCCUCGGUUGGACGUGCACCUCCCCGCGGCGCUUCACCGACGACAUCGGCGAGCCGGUGGACUUCCUCCCCCUGUCCCCCGCGAUGGUGGCGGCUGCCGUGCACAGAUCAGUCGACCCACAGGUCCGGUGUGACAGCUUUUCUGUCACGAAAUUUUUCGUGACAAUAUUUGGUCACGCGCAGUAG